GACGAUUGUAGCAUCUGUACAGAAAAAUUUGAAGCAAACAGUCUCGUGUACGAACUUAAGUGCGGUCACAUGUUCCAUAAAAUGUGUUUACGGAAGUGGCUGAACCACAAAACUAUAUGUCCCUACUGCCGCGAUGAGGUCAUAUGGUUG